GCACGAUGUCCCAGAGCCUGCCGUCGUACGACGACGUGCAGCGCGAGCACGACCUCCGGGCGUCCUUUGCCCACCUCACCCGCGACCACGAGGAGAUCCAGAAGCUGUUCAAGAGCGUCGCUGGCCAGCUCGAGUCGACGCCCCAGAUCGGCGAAGAGCACGACCUUGCGCAGGAGUGGGAUGCAUUGAUGAAGAGACACCGUAAGCUGUAUCGCGACUCGCAGCUGAAUGCGAGCCAGUGUGCGAGCUUCCUGAACAACUAUGCCACCAUUCUCAUCCCGCUGUCCGAGGGCGUGAUGACCCCAGACGACAAGAAGUUCAUGAUCAACAAGUUCACCGAGGCGGUCCCGGUACAUCAAGAAACAGCGAGGAGAAUCUCUGCACAGUUCCAUGACCUUGCCAAACAGGUCGAGGUGUUCCCGACUAAGGUCUCGAGCUUCCUCAGGCAGGAGGCCGACAAGGGCAACUGGCUACAUUUUUUGUGGACCGGCGUCGAAGAGUUGUGCAUGACCAUCUGGAAUGGCCUGCAAGCGCUCCUAAAGGCGAUAAUCAAUGUCUUCUACAACAUGCUUUCCCGAGUCGGGGCUAUCCGGUUCACUUGCGGUCCAUUCGUGCACGUAGACGUUGUGUUGAAUGAAUCGCGGAACCAGACCCAAGAAUCGAGCAUCUCAAAGCAGACCAUAGCCGACGCGAAAGCGGACUGCAAGGAGAUCGGGAACAAGCUCACCGGUUUCGAAGACGCGUGGCACAUGGUCCGGCUUGCCUGCCGCAAUCUGCUGGACAACGUCGAGCUUGCAGCCGGGAUGACCGGCACACGAGGUGACGUUGUCGAUGCAUACCUCAAACCGGCCGAGAUCGUGUACUAUCCUCUUGUGCACUGUCUGAGGUCCUACGCUGCUGGCAAGUCGCCGGUGGAGUAGGGCCCUUCGUUCGCCUCUAUGUACUCCCGCUGUCUUUUUCUGCAUCACGGAAUUGUUGUGUGUAUUAUAUGAUGUUUGUAAUUUAAUCACUUUUUCAAUG